CCGAAAUGAUAUUCAGGUGCCAUAACAGGUGUGUUUUAGUAUUUAUGUGUGACAGGGAGAGGUGACAAUACUGGCUUGACUGUGGAGAGCGGGAGGAGACAUACAGAGACAGGAGCUGAGUCUGUAUUGUAGCUACCUCUCUGGAGAUAUAAACCCUGAUCUAUAGAGCCUGUGGAUUCGCUGUAGCCUGGUGCAGAGGCCUGAGACUGAGACCCAUCCAUCUCCAUUCUGUCUCUGAAAUCACAGGCAGAAAAAAAUGGCCCAUGGAAAGAACCAGGAUGAGAGACCCUCAGAACAGGGCGAAGAGAUGGAAGAGGAGACCUUUCUCAAAGACCUCCAUCUGUACAUGAAGAAGAGAAAUACACCCAUAGAGAAAAUACCACACCUGGGCUUCAAACAGAUCGGUCUGUUCAUGAUGUACAAGACUGUGAAAAGCUUGGGUGGCUACCACCAGGUGACGGCCCAGCAGAUGUGGAAGCAAGUAUACAACACCCUGGGAGGAAACCCCAGAAGUACCAGUGCAGCCACCUGCACCCGUAGACACUACGAGAAGCUGCUUCUGCCAUAUGAGUGUCAUGUAAGAGGAGAAGACUACAUGGAGGUACUGCCACAAUGCCAGCAGAAGCGUUUACAUUACAGUAGGCUCAGUGAGCAGGACGAGUGCCCCAGGACAGCCAAGCGUAGCAUGACGUACGGAGCUCUACAGACAUCCCUGCACCAGAACCCCCAUAACUUUCUGACAGACUCCAGAGUGAGGAUCAUCCCUAUGCCUGUGCACUACCGUCAGUACUACCACCACCCCGUCCACCCCGUCCACCCAGAUCUGCUCCCCUAUGUCCACCCACCUCUGACCCCCAGCAGCCACCCCAGCAGCCUCCCCUCCCCUCAAGGACAGACAGAGAGGGCCAAGCAGCCUCUGGAGCGCCUACGCUUCCUGGCCAACCAGUACAAGGACUCCUCAGGCUGGACUGAGCCACUCAACCUCAGUCACAAGAAGGCUGGUCAGGAGUCAGGCGGUCACCCUGCUUCAUCCUUCGCCCCUCCUCCCUCCAACAUCUCCCCAAGGUUCUUGAAUACGGUCUCACCUCUGUACCCCGCCAAGGGGCUGGUUAAAGAUGAGGGCUGUGAGACGCCGGAGGGGGAGGUGCCCCUGGGGAAAACCCACCUCUACCCCUUGGCGACCAGAGACGACUACGUCAUCAACCUCACUUCCUCCUCCUCUGGCGGUUCCUCCCGCAGCCCGACCUCAGCCUCCAGCAAAUGCAUGAAGAAAGAGUCCCCCGUCCCCUCUCCGCUGCAGAGUUGCAGGGAUAGUGCCCCCUCCAUGGUUCACGUCCCCAAACUCCCAAAGAGAGAGUGCCCAGAUUGGCCCAGGGGGGAGUGGAGAGGGGAAAGCCCCAAGCACAGUCCAGGGCCUCUCAAUUUUAGUCACGCUCUGCGCAGUACCCCCAGAGGGACAGAGGGAAGGAUGGAGAUGCAGAUCCCGCUGGCGAUGCUCCAUGACUGGGUAAAAGGAGUUCUGCUGUGUGGGCCUGCUGGCACCCAGCCUGGGGAUCUAUCACUGCAGGGUCCAACCAUGGGCCAGACCCCAGGCUCAGAGCCCAGGGAGAGGGAAAGGGCACAGGCCUGGUCUGACACCUCUCCCACCAUUGCUACCCAUGCUGACCAGGUCUUCCACAACCAUCACAAAGACCAGGACAGGGGUUCUGGGGAUCUGAGAGAGAGGAGUCUGGAGAGGCACAGGAACCUGCCUAGGCCCACCACCACCACCUCCCCUAGUACCAGUCACUGCCGCCCCAUGGCGCCCUACCAGUUCUCCAGCUACAAGCCUCAGCCAUCAGGGAGCAUCGUCCGUAACCCGGACAGCUGGAAAUCGGAUCCCCGGGAGGACACCAGGAGGCCCUACCACCCAAAACUCAUAUACCCCCAGGAUCUAUGGGAUAGAGCCCAGCCAAUCCCCUUAAAGAUCCACCCCAGCAGCCAGGCUCUGGAGCAGGAUAGUGUAGGCCACACAUCCCCGGGCUAUUGUCCAGGCACAUCACUGGGAAGGGUGGAGAAAUCUUAUAUGGCUCUGAUGGUGAACCCCUCAUUUCCCUCUCUGGUGCCACUGACACCUGAGGAGUUAAUGAAGUUAAAGAGGCUCAUCUCAAGCUCCUCAUGAACAGAAUGGAACAGCAGGACAACAACCUGCUAAUUAAUAUAAAAUAUGAUGCACUCUGGAUGAAAAGCUGUUACAUGUCAACACUGUCAUUGGACAAUUAAAAAGCCCUCAGUACUGUUCAAAAUCAAGAGACAUGUAGCACUACUGUUGACUAUCUUUUUAAGUACUUUCAGAAUAUGAAUUUAGUCUUUUAAUCUUCGGUAUUUUUAUCAUUUGAAGCUUGCUAACAAUUUAUUGUGCACUGGAG